ACGCGUGUCUGUAAAUAAUUUACGGUAAAUAGAUUGGCCAGCCCCUAGCUUGGUUUAGGUUCCACCGACGAGUUUACCCUGCUGGAGCUGAAAGGGGAGGGGGAGCUGUUGCUAUGAUACGAUAAACUGUCUGAAUGUUUGGGGAAACAAUCCGGUAAGACGACAGAAAUACCCGCUUAGUGAAUGAAUAUUAAUGUUCAUUUGAUUAUCCAUCGCCAUCGUGAUACAUACCUGUAGUCGUGAUGGAGAUUGUGUAUGUGUACACGAAGAAGCGCAGCGAGUUUGGCCGGCAGUGCAACUUCUCCGACCGGCCGGCGGAGCUGCACGUGGACAUCCUCCCCGAUCCCUCUCUCGCGGCCAACUUCAUCGAGCGGGACCCCUGCGACGUGCCGUUACAGUGCGCUCAGGAGAUGUCCGAGCAUGAGGUGAACACGGAGCGCUACGAGUCGGAGAGCCGCGGGAUUAACCACGUGGAGGGCGGCUGGCCGAAGGACGUCAACCCCCAGGAGAUGGAGCAGACCAUCCGCUUCCGCAAGAAAGUGGAGAAGGACGAGAACUACGUCAACACCAUCAUGCAGCUGGGCAGUCACAUGGAGCACUGCAUCAAGCAGAACAACGCCAUAGAUAUUUACCAGGAGUACUUUGAAGACAGUGAGGAGAUGGAGGACUGUGAGGAGCAGCCCUGGGCUAAGACCAUCAACGUAUUCAGAGACCCUAAUGAGAUCAAGCGCACCGCCACGGGCCUGUCCUGGCACCCGGACGGCAGCCGAAAGCUGGCCGUGGCGUACUCCUCCCUGGAGUUCCAGCGGGCCGCCGCCGACAUGAGCCUGGACUCCUACAUCUGGGACACGGAGAGCCCCAACAAGCCAGAGAUGACCGUUAAGCCUGUUUCCCCUCUCAUUUGCCUGGAGUAUAACCCCAAAGACUCCCACGUCCUGGUCGGUGGCUGCUACAACGGACAGAUAGCGUACUGGGACACGCGUAAAGGUAGCCAGGCCGUGGAGACGUCCACCAUCGAGCACAGUCACAGGGACCCCGUCUACAAGGUCAUCUGGCUGCAGUCAAAGACGGGCACUGAUGUGUUCUCCGCCUCCACCGACGGCCAGGUCCUGUGGUGGGACAUCCGAAAACUGAGCGAGCCCACGGAGAGGCUGGUGCUGGACCCCAGCAAGAAGGGGAACCUGGACAACGCAUUGGGCGCCAUUUCCCUGGAGUUUGAGCCCACCAUGCCCACAAAGUUCAUGGUGGGGACGGAGCAGGGCCUGGUGGUCUCCUGCAACCGCAAGGCCAAGACCCCCGCCGAGAAGAUCGUCUGCACCUACAGCGGCCACCACGGCCCCAUAUACGCCCUGCAGAGGAACCCCUUCUUCCCCAAAAACUUCCUGACGGUGGCCGACUGGACCGCGCGCAUAUGGUCCGAGGACAUCAAGGAGUCCUCCAUCAUGUGGACCAAGUACCACAUGGCCUUCCUCACAGACGGCUGCUGGAGUCCAGUCAGGCCUUCUGUGUUCUUCACCGUCAAAAUGGACGGAACUCUGGAUGUGUGGGACUUCCUGUUCAAGCAGAACGAUCCCACCCUCAGUCUGAAAGUGUGUGAUGAGGCUCUGUUCAGUCUCAGGGUGCAGGAUAACGGGCGCUUCCUGGGCUGUGGCUCUCAGCUGGGCACAGCCACACUGCUGGAGAUCUCCCCAGGACUGUGCACCCUGCAGAGAAACGAGAAGGCCCUGGCCACCGCGAUGUUCGAGCGCGAGACGAAGCGGGAGAAGAUUCUGGAAGCCCGGCACCGGGAGAUGCGCCUGAAGGAGCGGAGCCGCUCGGAGCAGAGCAAGGAGGAGGAGGGCAAGGAGGCGCACGGGGAGGAGAACACCGAGGAGCUGAUCGCGCAGGCGGAGAAGGAGUUCUUCAGCAUAGUGGAGGGAGAGCUGAAAAAGAAGGAGAAGGAAGAGGAGAAAUACGAGGAGAAAGACGUCUGUGAAGAAAAAGAUGGCUGAACAGCCACUACACGUCUAGCGUAAUUGCCACCUUGAAUGUGACAAACCAUAUAUAUGCAUAUUAUCUGCAAGCCAUGUGAGACUUAAUUAGCACGUGGCGUGUGAAGUUCUAACAAAUUAUUAUUUUGUGCUGCAACACAUAAAAAACACAAGAGGACAAUUGUUUAAAUGCUUUGAAACAGCACGUAAAGUUUAAUGACACGCAACGCCUGUACUGGCAGUGUGUGAAUCGCGCUAUUUACAAUUUCCACACGGUUAAUUGUUUUGACUGUACAGAAUCAGAUUCCGCUGUAGUAAUGAGACAUUUUUAGGCUUCAAGUCUUUUGCCGAGGCCCAUCGAUGCUCCUUCUGAAAGGAACACGCCGAGGUGUCGACUUCACCCCAGGGAGUCACACCCUUCCAAAAAAAAGCUGCAAGUUGUUCCAUGAAUGGCCCAGGUACAGGCAACACAGCAGUAUGGACCUCCCAUUCAGAAAGUACCAAGUUUGGCCCUUUCCUUGUGAAUUCUUGCAUAUGAAAUGGCCGCGUGCCUGGCCCGCCAUGCCUGCAGCCCAGCCCCUGUUGUUUCUCAGUAGUAGUGACGCUGUGGUUUGUGCACUGCUGAGAACAAGUUUCAACCAGUUUUAUCAGCAACACAUCGGACCAACUGCGCGCGUGAAGGCGAGGACGCUGAAGUGUAUGGCAUGAACAGGAAGAGCUGUGAGCAGAUGGCAAAGAUGGGUUCAUGGGUUUUGUGAUUUGAGUGACAUGUGAGGUCACACUUGUAUCUUGGCUCGGUUGCACGCAUAUAUUUUUGGUAAAAAUACUGAAGGGGUAAAAAAAAAUGUCUCACGUUUUCACAAACAGUGUGUGAACAGGCUUUAGACGCUGGUGACAGUUUGUACUUUCAGCGCUGUAGGACACUGACUGCAGUUUGGAUGGUCUCCGUUCACCAUGGUUUUACAUGACAGCAAAGCAUCCGAAACAGCCUCGUAGACUGGAGAUAUUUGCUUGUCAUUUCCACUCCAAUGUACUUCCCCUUUUCUCUUCCCUGAUACCCCGGAGUCCUCCAUGGCUUCUAAAUCAACAAAUUAUGUCCGAAAAAUCAUAUACAAAGAGGAUUGUUUGAUGAACACCAGCACUUUAUCCACUGAGGAAGAAUCUUACUAAUUAAAUGUCCUUCUUACUCCCA